AAACCACGUUGGAACGAUGUUGUGUUGUUUUUUGCUCUGUGGUGUUUUUCUGUGAAGUUUGCUCCGUUUGACUUUUUUUCCCCAAGUGACAAAGCUUUCAAAGGUAUGUCAAAUCCAUACAUUUGCUGUAUAAUCGUUGUCGCUGUUGUCGACUGUUUGGACUUGAACUCUUUUUCUUACAUACAUCUCAGUUGCCUUCAGUCCAAUAAGCUUAUUAUUUUUAAAAAUGAAAUUACCAUUAGCUCGACCCGAUGAUGAGACAGAUAGAACAAGUUUUCGGUGGCUCAUUGAUCUUGACCAAGGAUGUCUCCUUUCGGAGUCUAAAGUAAGACAAAUGACGGAGUGAUCGUGAACAGCUUUAUUGUGGAACUUGAUCGCAUGCGGUGGGCUUUAUACUUUAGUUUUUUGCAUGUGUAUUCAACAUCGCCUUUGUAAUAUUAUCGCUUUUGUUAUCUGGAGUCACAGCUGCUGAUAUUCAAGACAGCACCGGUAUUUUGGUUGUCUCCAGUGUAUACUCGACGUCCUUUAAAUUGUCAUAAGUUAAAGAUAAUGUGACACUUUUUUAUUUUUAAUUUAAGUUCACACAAACUUGACAUGUGUGUUGCAGUUCAAAAUCAAAUUCAGGUUAAAUUUUUUUUACGUAGUUGGAUUAUCAAUUUCCUUUGUCUCCUAGCACUAAUUAUUCAUGAAUUAGGGCUAGGAGACAAGGGAAAUUGAGAAUCAACCUAGGCUAAAAAAAUUUAACCUGGAUGUAAUUUUAUCUAUAACACAUACUACACACGGUAAUUUCUAAGUUCAUAAAGAGGUAUUGUUAUACAAACCUAAAUAUAUGACACAUAUGGUCAUUUUUGUGUGAACAAUAAUGCAAAUUAUGUAGAUGAAAUUAUGUGUUUCACACAAAACUGAAAUAUUAAGGGCCAGUAUUUAUAUUGUAGAAACUAUGCAUUCUGAUAAGAUUUCCCGUAGGAAACGAGCAGAUCUGUUUUUAGUCUGCUACAGAUCUGUUGAAACAUCUGCAGCAGAUCUGCAGAUAGUCUACAGAUCAUCAACAGAUUAUCUGCGAAUUGUCUGCAGAAUGUCUGCAGAAUAUCUGCAAAAUGUCUGCAGAAUGUCUGCAGAAAUGAUCUGCAAUUUGUGCAGACGUUCUGCAGACGAAGGAGGUAUAAAUAGUAAGCACAAUAACAGACGUACUGCACCAAUCAAACACCUUUUAUUUUUAUCGUAAAUACAUAAAAUAUUCUCUCAAAUUGCGCCGAAAAAGCUUAGGAUAACCGUUAACUACAACUGAGUGCCUAUCACUUUAGUAAUAAAACAAUGCAAACAACAAAAUUAAAACAAGAGAACAUUGAGAAGUCCCAGCUCGCGGGUAUGAGAAACAAAAUUAAAUCACAACAAUCUGGCCUGUAAACACACAGUCACAGUCACUCGCUUAAAUUUCUUCAAUGAAUAACACAUCAAAAUGCUGACAUUGAAAUAACCGAGCUCAAUAACAAAGAAGGAUUUUUGUCGGGAGCUAUAAGAGAGGAAACGCAACUGUUCAAUCACAUGAAUGCGGUUCCUACGCGAUGGUUUGGUUUGUAACACGCAGCGCUAUUAGCCCACACUUCAAGUCGCUCACCUAGCCCUCUUCGUUUCCUCCAUGAUCCACAAUGAGGUGCAUUUCUUUAUGAAUGGAGCAAUUCAUUUGUGGUUCAGUUUUUGCUAUGUUCCGGGUGAUGGACUAAACGAACAUACAUAACUUGAGCAAAUAAUCUUUGAUCAAGACUCUUGCAACAUAAUGUUCAUUCCUACGUAAGCGUCGUCUGUUUCCCAUUCAGUGAGAGUCGCUUGAGGCACAGUUGAUUUUUAACCAAUACUUUUUCCAUCUUCGCUCUAUAAACAGCUAAAAACCUUUUUUUUAACUUUUUGAAUCCAAACUGAAUACAAAUAACUUGCUUAGUUAGUGAGAAACCGAUUGCAUAUUUCAUUCAAGCAGAAAAACGGUCGUGAGGAAGAUGAGUGAUAGGAUCUUCGAGUAAAGUGCAGACCAAUUAGAUUAAGUUCUGGAAUGUCUCCAGGGAAUUACCUGAUCGCGUAUCAGUCACGGAAGGUCUCCAAAGAAUACAUUUUUGAGAUUUAUUUUGAAUUUACAUGAAUUUAAAACUCCAUGUCCGUAACAUGUUAUUUUGAGUUAAGUUUAACUGUAAUGAACGAUGAGGCACAUGGCGUUCGUUUAAUGUUGCUGUGUAAAACUGGUAAGUACUCAGUCAUGUUUUUUAAAAGAAACUGAUUUACCGGCAGUAUUCAUGAAUGUACUUUGAAAAGCUACGUAAGUCUUGAGAGCGAAUAAAAUAAAAUGAAAGUAAGGUAAUUUCCCAACGCUUUUUAUAAUAAUUGGGUGAAGCUUAUGUUUAAAUUUAUCGACAAAGCAGCGGAUGGACCCGACCGGAGAGACAUUAGUUGCCUGUUUCGAAUUGAUAAACAUGCGCGCUAAAUUAAUGAAGACGGCUUACAGACUCUGCAGACUUCACAGAUCAUGUGCAGAUCUGUUUUUCAUCUGUUUCUCAUCUGCAGGAAAACAUCUUUGCAGACGAUGAAGGCAAUGCGUCUGCUACAGACUGAAAACAGACAUUGCAGACGAUAAAUUGGUCUGUAGCUAGUCUGUUUUUCGUAAAACAGAUCUGCUGCAGAUCUGUUGGUUUCGUACGGGUUCCUGUAUAUAGGGGUUGUGAAUGGCACCUCGAGAAACAUGGCUCUCAGAAAAUUUCGGCCUGAUCUAUCGGAAGUGUUUUGGGGAGGAUCAAGGCUCAAAGUUUCAUUUUCCAUGUUUUUUCCUGUCUCAACUGAGUUUUCAGUUUUUUGCAGUAAGGAUCUCAGAGUCUUGUGGCUUUCAAGAGUAGGUUUUCAGAGUUUAUUAAGGACACUUUAAGUUACAUACAUCAAACUCUGUGAGGAAAAUAUAAUUAAGACAGGAUAUGUGUUUCAACUUAUAAUCUACUGUAAGCCUUCUGUCAUGCCCUGCAUACUCAUUUGUUCAGUUUUUUUAUUAUUAUAAUCUCUCGCCACUUCUCCCAUUUGGUUUUGGCAUAACAAAUUAAAAGGUCUUAUCAGACUCAAGUUUUAAGUCUUGGGCUUGGAUUUUCAGCAAGGGCCUUGGGAUCUUCAUGUCUGAGUCUCUAAUUUUACCAUUCACCACCCCAAAGGAUGUAGUUAUUUUCAGGCCUGCUCCACAGGAUUUACAUCAGUAAAAUUAAAUGGGUCGAGCAAUGCAGUCUGCUUACAAUUGAGUUGGCAAGGGUGUUCACCAGAAAGGGAGCUGCACAUUUCCUCCUGUUUCAAUCUAAUGGGAUCCUAUGGAAUACACAGGGCCCUGAGAAAUAGCCUACAUGUAGCCACACCCUCCCCCUGACAAAGGAAAAAUAUCUGGGGGAGGUACAGCUAACACUAGGCUAUAUGAGGCUGCUACCCUCCAGGAAAAGACACAUGACGCACGCACACUUUAGAUAGAAAGGCAAUAAAGGUACAUCUGUACCUGCAUACACUUUAACCCCUUUAGUGCCAAGUGCGACCAAGGGCAAUUAUUCGAAAAAUUUCCCAAAUUUCAUUUUGUAGAAUUGGGAAAACAAAUACAGCACCAUUUGAAAGUACAGACAGAGAGGUUUCAUUUGAAUGGUCAUUUUGUCCACAGACGUAAAAAAAGUUAGUACUACCUAAUAGAGGACUCCAACAUUUUACUCUGGCAGUGAAAAGGUUAGAGAUGCCAACUUCUGCAGUAUUUUAUCUUCUGCCUCAGAGUGUUCUGCUCAGAGAAAAUCUUCCAGUUCUCAGAUUUGCAGACUGAGGUAAUAGCACAAUUCUUUGUAUCUCAGAAAAUAGCUCUUGUUCUCAUAUUAAAGUUUUAGAUAUUAAAAAACAUCCAUAAUUUCGUAUAUUGUACCAUAACUUUGACUCAACAAUCCAAUUCUGUGUUUUUUCAUAUACAAGUGGUUAAAUAACUUUGGUCACAGAAGACAAAAUUUAUUUUAUAAUUUUCAUUUUAGUAAUCACAAUGUAUAACUGGACUCCACUCAAUCCCAUAUUCCCACAAAAGAGAUUAUAGACUUGUUCUCAGUAAAAACCAUUGCGCAAAAAAAAAAUGAUCUGACCAAUUGCUUUCAUGUACUUUGUUUUUGCAGAUAUUUUAGAUUGAUAUAUAAAGCCAUGUAAGUGGGGUAGUAACAAUAAGUGAAAUGGCAUGUGCGGCAUCAGUCCUUUGUACAACAGCAGGAAAAGAAAACUUUCAACGUCUGACACGACUUUUAAUUUCUGGAGGCACAAGGCUACUUAGAGAAAUUUUUGACCAUCAUUGCCCACCUAGUCACCUUCCCACAAGACUAAGGAAUCCUGCCACAAAGGAUCUGCUUAACAGAGCAAAACUAACUAAGCCUCAGAGGUAUUGUCUUUAUCCCUCCCCAGGGGUAUAUGGUGAGUCUAAAGGUUUUGAUCUCACUCUUUUGUUCAAAUUACUGAGGACAAUUUGUGGCCUCACACCUCCACGUACAGGAUGGGAUGCUCCACCAGCAGAACGCGAUUUAAGUCUUACUGCGGAUUUAGUGAGAAUAAAAAAUUUCCGCAAUACAGUCUAUGGACAUGUGCAUCAUAUGGAGAUCACAGAUGAUGACUUUAACUCCCUUUGGGAUUACAUCAAACAAACCCUAUUAAGAAUCGCCGGGCGAAUCAGUUCAGCCGCAAGAAGUAAUUGGCAGAAAGCCAUCAAUAAUCUUUUGACAGCUGCUCUUACAGAAGAGGAUGAAAGGAAUGUUCAGGAACUAAAGAGGUGGUAUGAGGAAGAUGUUGAAGUUAAGAAAUCCCUAGAUGACCUAAAAGUUGAAAUAGAAGGUCUUAAGGAAGAAAUCAAAAAGAUGAACUCAGAGCUUGGAAACAUUCAUCAAGUUUUGGUAGAAGAGUUCAGCUCCAUUGCAGUUGCCACUGGUAAGUGAAGUUUUCAGUAUUCUUUCACAGGGUGAGAUAAAAAUUAAAAAGAAUACUUGUCCGUUGGGCAAACUGUUGUUAAAGUCUUUUCACUUAGCCUGGAACAGGCCUCUUGUCACUCAGGCCUACCAACCUGAUAAGGUUUGCUUACCCUGGCAAAUUGAUUUUUGCGUGUGAAAAUAAUUCAUAUGCUAAAACAUGUUACCCUGAUGGGUCAAUUCGACUGGCAUCUACGUCAAUUCUCAUAACAGAUUUAUGUCAGAUUUCUAAGUUCAAUAUUGGACACACCCCACUCAGUCCCUUACAGUCUCCUUAAUUCCUCAUGGCCCAUGAAGGAUCCAAUCCAUGCCCUCCUUGUCCUGCAUUGUCCUGGAAAAAAAUGUGUCAUGGUGUGGGAGCUGCCAGAGGUAAAAAAGCCAGGCUGGAUCCCAUCAAUAACACCCACGAUCCCAGCUAUGUUCAAGGGAAAAUCCUGCCAAUCCCACCAUCAACCUUGUUUUGCCCCAGGUGGGAUUCCCUGUAUUGUUCUCAUGUAAAGGACAGAUCUAGAGAGGCCACCUGGGAGAUAUUAUAGGCUGAUUUAGCAACAGAAUGGGAAUGUCUAUGAGUUAAUGACACUGCACACAAAUCGAACAACUAGCUUGAUUAAUUGCUGAGCGGCAAAUCGGCCACUGCAAGUUGAGUUUCUGCACACUUCAUGUGUACUUUCUGCCCACUUCAUACAGUCAAACUUGUAUGCAGGGCUCAUCCUCGGGACUAACAAGUUAACUGACCACUUAAUACAGGAGACAGGUAUACAUCACAAGGCCAGUUUUAUUUCCAAAGGAUUUUCUAACUCUUAAAUAAUUGCAUGCAAAUUAAAUAUAACAAGAAAAUUGUAUGGACCCUACAUGUGGGAAUGAUGAAAUAAUUAGGGUCAUGUGUUUGACAAGAGACUGCAUGUUAAAUGGUCUAGAUUAAACACUGGUGGUUUAAAAUAUUUUAAUAUAUGUUUUUUAACCUGCAAUAAGCGAGAAAUAAUGAGUUGACAUUUGCAAUGUGUUGUCCUAGCGGGAGUUUUGUAGCCUUGAAAUCUUAAUACCGUGGGGUUCUCUCACUAAGAUGUGUAUAAGUAAUGGCAGUUACUUUAAACUUAUAAAUACCGAGGGGGUCCAGGUGCAGGUAUUCUGAUGCCAUUGCAUGGAGCCAAUAAUUAUUGAUCAGAGUAAUCCCUCGUAACCAUAACAACCCUAUUUAUAAUAUUUCUUUUUAAACAGUUCUGUCUUUGACGAUUGAUUGUCAGACUAAUCCAGAGCAGAGCGAGCAAAAUGGCAUUCCAUCUACACAAGCAAUUCUAAAUCUAGUUGCUUCCAAUUACUUGGUAAAUGUUAACCCUUCGUCUCGAGAGGAGUUAAAUGAUUUUGUACGGUAUCUCACUGAACUGCGCAAAGUGCUAAUUGUCGACACCCACUGUGGGAGUUUAGUAAUCAAAGUAAAGUGCAGCACUCUGGAGAUCCUUGAGGAUUUGUGGGACGACUACUGCAUUGGUCACCUGAAUGAAAUGGCACAGAAACACCUGGUGACAGAAGAGAUUCUGAAGACACUGGGCCUAACUGAGCUAAUACUUACUACAAGUAUCUCAGAUGAAAAGUACAGAGAAUGUAAAAAUUACUUCUUAAAUUGUCACGGUAAGCUGGCCCGAUUGAAUUACUUUUAAGUAAUGUUCCAGAUAAAAAGAAAAGAACCAAAGGUAAUAAACAUGUCAGAAAGCAAAAAAGCGCUUCACUAUCGUCUCUACUCAGUGCACUUCUGAUUGGUUUAAACACAGUCAAAGUUUACGACAUUUUUCGCAAAGCAGCGUGUAUAUUACCGUUUGGCAAGAACUUUUUGCGGGUUCUAAUUUUUGCUAUUUUUCCAGCGAUCCGCAAGAAUAAGUUCCCGAAAAUAAAAAUUACCGCAAACAUUUUUCCCGCAAAAAAAUACAUUGUAUUCUCUAACUUAAAUUCGCUACACAAAAAUACAAUACCAAGAAAUCGUGUCUGUUCAAUCACAACUUGUCUCUUUCAUUCAGAAAUAAAACGGUAUACAACGAAAUACUGGUUUAUUGUUUGAAAAUAUGUAUUUAUAUUGCACGCACUCAAUAAAAACGAAAAUAUUAUCAAUGCUGAGUUCUGGGUGAUUUCUGAAAAUCGCAAAAAUCAAUUCCCAUCAAGAAAAACCAAUCUGUCCUAAUCGCAAAAAUUAGUUCCCACAAAACACAAAAAAUCGCCAAUCCGAAAAAAUAAUCUCCAGCAAAACUUUCGUGCCACACGAUAAUCCUAAUUUGUUUUCUAACUAACUUCCUUGUAACAAAAUCUUGUCUAACACAAAAAUCCUUUGUGAGGAACAUGCAAAAUUGUUAACUUUUUUGGCUAUUGUUUACAGCAGUAAAAGAAAACUUUCAACGCCUGACACGACUCUUAAGAUGUGGCGGCACCAGUCUGCUCAGAGAAAUCUUUGACCAUCAUUGCCCACCAAGUCAUCUUCCCGCAAGACUAAGGAAUCCUGCCAUAGAGAUUCUGCUCAACAGAGCAAAACUAACUAAACCUCAGAGAGAUUGUCUUUAUCCCUCCCCAGGAGUAUAUGGUGAGUCAAGAGAUUUUGAUCUCACUCUGUUGUUCAAAUUACUAAGGACAAUUUGUGGCCUCACACCUCCACCUACAGGAUGGGAUGCUCCACCAGCAACAAGUGAUUUAAGUCUUACUGCAGAUUUAGUGAGAAUAAAAAAUUUCCGCAAUACAGUCUAUGGACAUGUGCAUCAUAUGGAGAUCACAGAUGAUGACUUUAACUUCCUUUGGGAUUACAUCAAACAAACCCUAUUAAGAAUUGCAGGACAAAUCAGUUCAACCACAAAAAGUAAUUGGCAGAAAGCCAUCAAUAAUCUUUUAACAGCUCCUCUUACAAAAGAGGAUGAAAGGAAUGUUCAGGAACUAAAGAGGUGGUAUGAGGAAGGUGUUGAAGUUAAGAAAUCCCCAGAUGACCUCAAAGUUGAAAUAAAAGGUCUUAAGGAAGAAACCAAAAUGAUGAGCUCAGAGCUUGGAGAGAUGCAUCAAGUUUUGGUAGGGAUCAGCUCCAUUGCAGCAAAUGCCACUGGUAAGUCAAGUGUUCAUUUUUUUUUUGUGCAGGUCAAGGUGAAAAUUUAAAAAAAGUCUUAAAAUGGAGUUAAAAUACGUUUUAUUUGGUAACCUGCCUCUGUAGUUUUAUGCAUUCUCUGUGUGAAAAUGAUGAAUAUUCCUAUGUGAUGGCACCAUAACAAAAAAAAUUGCUUCCCGUCUUACCCGUAUCAUUACGUAAGCCUAGUGGUUUUUCAGGAACAAUCUAUAAUGGCUUAAUCCACCUUUUCCUCUAUUAAAGGUUUAGAGUCGGACAUUGGAAACACCACUGGAUCAGGAGAAUCUGCUGAGGUAAUUUGUUUCCAAGAGUGAUUCUCAAAAUUGGCUGAAGUCAGAUAACUCUGCAAUGUUUUAAUUCCCAGGGAGGGUAAAGGUAAAGGCGCACACUGGCCAAAGCCCAUUUGCAUAUGGGUAGUGAUCCAACGAGGAGACGGACCGAACGAGACCGGGGGGGGGGGGGGGUGGUUUGUCUGAGACUGCAUUUCGAGCGUUUUGAAAAACUGGCUAUUUCUUAAACUUUUAAUCUUCAAAAGAAAUUUUUUUUGAAAUAGAGUACUUUACUUUACAAUUUUUUAGAAUGGCAACGCGGUAUGUCACUAUUUAAAAAGAAUAAAAAGUGGAAAGAAAAUUGUAAAUCCGUAUUAUUCGUAGGGUUUAAUGCAUGAUGUUUGCAUCAUGAUCUUUCAAUAGUGUGCCAAGCUCAAGCUUCCUUGGGUGUUUCUUAGAAAUAGAUCAAUCAAAGACCUCUUUCAGAUCAAUGUAUGUUGGACAGUGGAUGUGUACAAGAACCAGUCAAGAGAGCCUCUCUUGUGGCGCGAAUACUACUUUUUGGCCACAGAAAACAGCGGAUAUUUUAAGCUAUCCCCAAAGACAAAGGGCCAAGCAAAAAAGGAACAAUGUAUACCUUCAUCUCCUGUAAGGAAAAGAGGAUCCGAGAUCAAGCCCUUGUAAUUGGCAGGAGCCCAUUAGUGGCUCCUGUAAUUGGCUGUUAAGCAGCCAAUUGGAAAACGAGAAUUUCAGGUCCUUGAUGGGGCCUGAUAAGUGUGUAAGGUCAACAUUAAACCAGUCAGAACGGUUGUACUUUUCUCGCCACAAAAAUGAUGUUGUUCCCUAGCUAGCAAACGUCGCAAUAACCGCAGGGAGAAAUGAUAACAUCAUCUCACUCCAGUCCUAAGACUUGCAUUAUUCUAAUUUACAUGAAAGGAGUUGGAGUUGACUGAUGCAAGCAAUACUGUUGACCGAGUGGCAGUGCAAUUUUUUUAUACUACAAGCGUAGCGUAGCUUAAAUAGGAGUUUCAAUAUCCUGCAAGCAACGCGAAAAAACGGGGUCCAGCUCGGUCAAAACUAUACCAGGGAACCUCUUACGUACUGAGAAAGUAAUAAUUCCGAUCCAGCUCUCAGGAAACUAUGGAAACAAACCCUAAAGAUUAUUAAGCCACUUUUAUAAAAAAGAAAGGAGAAACUAACACCUUCAGCAAGCCUGAUGGAACAAAGAUAAACCAUAGGUAGCCACUGAACAGUAAAAGACCACAUGACCUCCCAGUAAAAGAAAAGCGGCAAGAAAACAUUUACUCGAUCUGUUCUACGAAUCCCUAAAAAAUACUUUACUCCUUAAGGACAAAAUGUAUAUAAGUAAGCGAAGAGAAGUAAGGGGGAGGGGGUGGCGAGCGCACCUGUCGCACCCCCCUCCCUACGGGUGUGCUGGGUGAAGAGACAAAGUGGAGUUAAGUUCCUUGUCUAAGGAAACAACCCGACGGACAAAACGUGAUCCGCGGACCUCCUGCCACAUCCGGAGUUCGAGGAGUUGAUCCCUCGGCCACACACGCCCAUACAUUUCCCAGGGAACAUACAUGCACUGUACUGUACGAGAACCAACUCGUCAUGAAUUAUUCUCAGUCUUUCUCCACUGUCAAGAAGAAACACCCUCAGGUUGCUUAUUAAAUACCCCAAGAGGCAUGUAGUAUGUUGUUAUUUAUUUAUACAUUUGCCUCAUAGUACAAAUAUUACAGAAAAAUGUUUUACUAAAGGUUACAAAUUUACAGGACAGGAAGAACUACAAUAAUUAAUUGUUCAACAUUAAACGUAAUAUUAUGUAACUUAACUUUCGUAAAAGAUAAAGUGGCGAGGAAGCCCAAAAAGAAGCUACUGUAUAUAGCUUGUAAAUUCAGAAUGGAUGUAAUUUAACCCUUUUAGUUCCAAACAAUGGCUCAGUUCGUGAAAUGGAAGGGUUUUCCCACUGUUUUUUGGGCAAAUUUGUCAGUCAUAUGACUGUUCCCUUUCACUGUGUACUAGAUAUUUUGCGCACUUCGAAUAACGGUAAACUUUUUCUUGAUGAGACAAUUCAUGUCUACCAAGUAACAGGAAUGAAGAAUGAUUUUGUUCUACAGGAAGUCCAAGAUGUCAAAAAGAAGAAAUCGGUGGAACUACAGGAUGUGGAAAAUGAGGAAUUAGAUGAUGAACCAAAGGAGAAGGAUGCAACUUUUGCGAAUGAAGGGCCACCUUGGACCAAAGGUGAGAGCCUCAGCUAGUCAAAAGCUCCUAUGAGAAUUAGUCGUCCCAAGCAGUGUACGCACUCACGAAAGGAACUCAGGAGAAACUGUUCGCCGAUUGGGCACAAUAAUACAAAGCAUUUUUUGUGCCCAAUCAGAAGCCGGCAUCGGCUUGAAUUUUUGGAAAUAGUCAUGUGAGAGUCGGUACCCAGGGGCUCUUUCGCCCGUACUUGAAAACUUUCGUCGCGCCCUUUCUGCCGACCCGAUUGACUGCCCCUUGGUCUCCGAGGAUGGGAAUCGGUUUGCGGAUGGCCUCAAGAAAAUGUAGAUUACUGUUAUUCUUGUUGAUGAUUGAUGAGAAAAUGCAAAGGAAUUUAUGGUUAAUGUGCCUUUGGAAAUCAGAUGAAAAAUUUCCUCUUUUUUACAGUCUUUUAUUUUUUCGUUCUAAAGCCAUUUUUUUAGAGACUUUUGAACAAGUGUUCGGCACACUAUUUCAUCGCAAUAUCAAACACCUCGAACUUUUUCAAAAAUACUCCGCUUCGUGUAGUAUUUUCAACUCUCUUCUUGGUGCUUGAUGUUGUUGUGAAACACUUUGUCUAAAGUUUGAUAUACUAUUUCAACUUUUUUUCACCAGAAAAUAGGCCUUCCUCAAACACAGCCAAGAAGAUUGUAACUGCUGCAUCCGUAGGAGUGGCUGCUACUGCUUCGGGUGUACUAGCUGCUCCAGUGAUUGCUGGUGCUGCUUUGGGUGCGGCUGGAUUUACUUCCGCUGGAGUAGCUGCUGGUUCUAUCGCAGCAGGUGUACAGUCAGCUAUUUAUGGUGGAUCUGUGGCUGCCGGAAGUCUGUUUGCUCUUUGUCAGAGUGCAGGUGCAACUGGAGUUAUUGGCUCAGCGGCGACUGCUGUCAUUGGUGGUGGUACUGGAUUGGCAGGCAUUGCUGGAACCCUAGGAAGUUUUAAGCUAUUUGUACGUCACAGUUACAUUUUCUCAAUAACAAGUGGCGACUUUACAAACUGUCAUGUAGGGCUUAAAUAAUUUUCAGACAUUUUAGCUUGAAAAGAAAUGUAAAGAAAAACUCUUUCCGCUAUGUGUGCGCGCUUAAUUGUUUGAGGCUGAUUGCAUCUAUCGCGAACGUUAAAAUGACUAUUUUUGUGACAAAAUAUCUGUGACAAAGAAUUCUGGCUAUCGGUGUAUAUAGCAGCGCUAAGCUGCACUUAAAAAAUCUUUUUGUGACUUAACCAUGCGGCUUCUUGCGUUUCACUUGUGUUAUUAUAGGGAAAAAAUAUGGUGGAACGUAAUGUUAUUUGAAUUCAUUUAUUUGAAAGCCAUGUACUUGAAGGGUCAGAAUAACCGGCCACCUGAAAGUUUGUCCGAACAAGUGGUCAUCUUGGUCGGUCGUUGUCCCUUGACCGGCUGUUAUUUUGAGCCCUGUCAUAACACAUGACGCUCUUACUUUACUGACUUUAUGAAACACGGUCAAACAUUUCAUAUAACUUGUCAAAUGAGAAAAAAAAUCAUAGCAAAUUUGGCAAUAUUUUGAAAAAAUCUGGAUUCGACUUCUAAGCUUAUUUCAAGCGUUAAUGUUUCAUAAAAGCGACUUAUGGACAAAAUCGAUAACAAAUUAAAACGGCAUUGCUAAAAAUUAGUUUUGAUAUUGACUGAUUUAGUCAAAAGAAAGAAACACCCUUGACAUGAACUUUACUACAAUUGCACAGUUUAGCAAAACGUUUCAACUAUGUUCGAUUGAACCAUGCCUUUUUUGAAAAGAAUAUUUAAUGUUUAACUUCAUUAGUGUGAAUUGUAUUUUAUUCGCGUUGUUCAAGUGAAUCAGAACAUGGAAUGCCGGAUUGAGGGAAUGCGUUCGCUGAAAUGUAAGCUCUGAUUUCUUCCUUUUCAUUAAAUUCAUAUAGGGAGGGAAGACAGACACUUUGAGGCUGGUGAUUUGUGGAAGUGGAGAUGGAGCACACGUGUUUGCUUGUAUUGCAUCUUCUCGGAAGGAUACUGACGUUCGAGUGCUUAGUUUACAUGACGAUGAGGCAAAGCGCUGGGAAAUUGCAAUGCAGCAAAAGCAACUUGAGGUAGCAUUUCUUUUUGAAGGGGAGAAGACAUCUGGUAUUGUAUCCAAACCAGAUCUGGUGACAAAGAAUCCCGAAGACGCCAUGCGAGAUGCUGAGAUGGUGGUAUUUAUGAUGCAUGCGUCCUAUCAUGAAGUUUAUUUAGCGGUUUUAGCACCCCACAUUAAACCGGGCACCAUUAUAAUUGGUUUUCCGGGAAACCCAGAGUUUGAGUCUCAAGUUCGUCACGUGCUGGGGGAGAAAGCCCAGCAAUGCACCAUCAUGAAUUUUGAGUCAUUACCUUGGACGUGUCAAACUGGUGAAUCUGGAGUUGCAUGCGAGGUUGUUCAUACCAUGGACACAUUGAUGGGGAACAUGAUGGUAACUCAUUUGUUAAAACCCUUUAAGCCCUAAUAUCAAAAUUCAAAUUCCCAUUUGCUGUUCCUGUACGUUUCCUAUAAAAGUAGUGGCGAGAAGUUGUUGAAGUAUCAACUCAUUGUAUCUUGUGUGAUCAUCUUAAUUCUCAUAACAAAGCAUUGAUAUCACAACGAGAAUUUUGAUACUGAUCACUCUUAGGGCUUAAAAGGUUAAUGUAAUUGUUUCUCUCGCUCAGAUACCACAGUAGCUGUUUAUCAGAUUUUUUGAUUGAACAAUUCUGAGCCCUAAGAUAUCCUUAAUAGCAAUUGGAUUUUUAAACUGCGUCUCGCGCGGGAGGUUGUCCAUUUGCAUCGUGGCUUUAGCAUCCAUCUAAACAGAGGAAUUGUUCCAAACACGUUGGAAAAAAAGCAGCGAGGUUAUACACCACAGAAAAAGCCUAAAUUUAACCAACAAAAAGGAGCGAUGACGUAGCAAUAGAGUUUGUUAUAUAGUUAUACUAUACGAUCAAACUGUAUUGUUAAGGCUGACAAAACCAAGAUUACGUUGUAACGGGUGUUUGCUUUUUGUGUUUACGUCUGUAAUUAUUUUGCCGGGAAUUCUGUUGCCCAAUGUGUAAUCGGCUUUUUUGAAAUUAGCCAGCGCCAUAGUCAGCUACACAGCCGUUUUUAGUGUCGUCAUGCAACGCUCCUCCGCGGCGACACUAAAAACGGCAGUGUAGCAGACUACCUAACCAGCGCCACAGACGGGACUAAACUUCUGAAAACUCUAACUGUGAUUAGAUUUCAUCUGCGACUAAGGCUACGAAAUCAGAGCGAGACGUGCCCAAGGCAAGAAAGGAUGUCGUUUUCAGUUUUAGUUAUUCUUUCACUUUUACUUUUACUUUAUUAAUUCGCAAAGGCGGUAGCCAUCGCGCGGAGAUAAAGUGUAUUGCAUUUUACUGAAAUAUUGCAGCCACUUUCUAAUUAACUGUUUUGUCCUUAUCUUUUAUUUUUACACAGAAAGGAAAUGUGCCACCAAACAAGGACCCAGUGGCCGCACUGCAGUACCUCCUGGGACCCCUCCCUGAACUGAAAGUGUCAGACCGGACUGACCAUGAUUGAUAAUCUGUUGUAAAACCUGUCUGUAUAUAUGCUUCUGGACCUCUACAGGCUCUGAUUGUGCCAGGUGGCCUGAGACUAGACUACAUAUGUUUGCUUUUGGAACGUUCUACAACUGUCGGGUAUAACAGAUUUCCCAGGAACAAAGCAAACUAUCCGCAAUAACGAGGUGCCAGUAUUAAGCGGGUGUCCUUCAGCGGGGUUUGACUGUACUUCGUCUUACAAAAGAUAGGGGGAUGAAAAGAGAAGAAAUAUACAUAUUACAGUACAGCUUUAGUGUGUCCAUUUAGGUAAUGUAGGUUUGUGUUGCAAAAUGAUUCUGCUAAAUGGAUAUUACGCUCAUGUAAAUCGCAUUUUCUAUUCCCUGUCGUUUUUAUGUC